AUGUCACAUCGCGAAAACGAAGUUCCGCCACCUGUAAUUGGUUGUUGUGUGGGACCAAAUCACAUAUUGAAUGACAUCUUAGGAACAUGGAUUUCUCGAACUAAAUGGGCAAAGCGCUUUAAGCGUGAUGAAACCUCCAAAGUAUGUUUAAUACUGAUUGAGACUGACGACAAACACGAAUUCAACGCAAUCUGGGAACCUUUUAUAUCUGCUAUGACGAAGGUCGGUUACUUCGCUACCGCACUUGUUUUCAAGCAUGAGGGUCCACCAAAAGUCAGUAGCCAGACAUAUGGACUUGAGAAUUGUUUAACAAAUUGUUGUUCCCAAGUCAAAAAUAUUUUGAUUCAAAAGGAAGAGGCUAUUAGGAAUUUCAAUGAAGAGAUAAAUUUUCAUUCAAUAUAUGUAGGAGCUAUCGGAAGUUAUCUCCAGCUUGGUGUUAAGGUUGACGGUGAGGAAAGAGAGGUCGAGUUCAAUGUCGCCCUAUAUGUCAACCCCUUUGCCGAAACCUUUGGCCAGCAGGGUGGAUUCUGGCACAUCUCAAAAGGAGCUACACUUCCUGAUCGUUUUGAUUUUGGAAGACACACUGUCGAAGAAUUCAGGCAUCAUGAUUCUCGCGGUUCAGACUGGCAUGCGACUAUGCUUAAGACAGGGAGAUCGAGACACGAAAUCUUAUUGGAAUGUACUACAAAGAUAAUCAGAGACCAUUCGAAGCAGUUAUUUAAGUCUGAGUAUGAAGAGGCUUCCAGAAAUCCUUUUGAGAUCGGAAGAGGUGCCAUUUAUGUAACCGGCGCAAAGCCAAACAAGGCCUCUAGACUCCAGCCCAGGGCUUUUGAAUCUGGAUCAUUCGAGUCAGGAAUAUUCACGGCAGAUAUAUGGCUUGUAGGUAAAGAUAAUUCCGAAAGAUCUGGACGAAGGGAAUUAGCAUAUAUACCUAAAACAACUACAUCCAAACCAAUUACAACCAAGACAGAAAUAUCCAAGGAACCUACACCAGGCAGAAAGGAACUCACAAGAGGUAGAUCCAAUUCAACCACACCCAGCUCGGCUAUAUCAAACUCAAGCAAACCCACACGAGAUAGAUCCAAUUCAGCUACACCCAAAACAACUACAUCCAGAUCAGAUAGACACAGAGCAAUCUCGCCAGAUUCAAAGAAACCCACAACAAAUGGAUCCAAGGUAGCUACAUCCAACUUGACUACAACCAGAUCAGAAAUAUCCAAAGCGACCGCGCCAAACCCACAGAAAUCCACAUCAAAGAUAUUUGAUUCAGCUAUAUCCACACCAGUCAGACCCAAAUUAGUUACGCGUAGAUCGGAUAGAUCGGAUAGAUCGGAUAGAUCCAAGGCAGCACCAUCAGAAGCAUAUGAAUCCACGCCAGAUAAAACCCCUUUACUCAAACUUAGAUCAGAUAAACCUAAAGCAGCUAAAUCUAAUGGAGCUCCAUCAAAUCCCGCUAGAUCCGGGAAAGAAACAAUCAAAGCAGCUACAAAAAAGAUUGAUGAAUCUUUGCAAAAAUUAAAUCCACGCAAACCUAACCCCAGACAGCAUAGAGGCUACAACCAACUCGAAGAAAGCUAA